AUGGAGAGCAGGGAACUUGUGGGAGACAGCAUAAUAACACUGUCUGCAUACCGCAAGAGUCACGAAGCUGCUGCAGUUUACUGCGGAAGCACCGAGUCAUAUUGCUUCACUAGCUAUGGCUGCCAGUCAGGCUGCGUCGAUCCGCCAGCUUUCUACCAGCCACCGAGUUCGACGCCGACUCCUACUCCUACUCCAGCACCAGUCUUGACCACAGCCCAGAAGAGUGGCAUCAUAGCCGGUGCCGUCCUCUUCACCCUUACCGUCAUUCUUGCCAUCUUGUUUUGGCAGUACAAGAAGGGGGCAUUGAAACACCGAAAGAUCCGAUUCACAUUUUCGGCGCCCAAUGGGGUCUCGACCACAGCCGAAUUUCCGCAAAGCUAUGCGAGGCAGGCUCCGAUGGUAUUGGACAAUGCAACAAACUUAACUCUGAAUGGGCACGAAGCUGGGGCCGGCGGUCGAGUCAGGCGGUACCUUCCCAGAUUUGGGACUUGGUCCACAAGGAGGGGUGCCGAAACCAAUGCGAUGUAUAAUCACGAUCUUGAUGACAUUCGAGUGUGGGACGUGUCUAGUGAAACGGAGGUUUGA